UCACUUUCAAAAGAAAAAAAGGCACAAAAUGAGUCAAUCACCUGUUUCCUUGGAAACCACUGCGCCAACGUCUUCCAGCUUGUUUAAACAAAAAACCCACGUACCCAACCCUAACUUAAAUUAAAUAAAUUACAUAAUCUCCUUCCAACUUGAACAGCUUUUGAAUAAAAAAUCCAAAACAAAAAAAAAAUCUUUUUUUCGCUUUUUAACAUACUCAUGGGGACAAGUUGUAAUGGUUGUCGAGUCCUUCGCAAAUGCUGCAACGAAAACUGCACUAUAAGACCUUGCCUCCAAUGGAUUCCUACCGCCCAAUCUCAAUCUAAUGCCACUCUUUUCCUUGCUAAAUUUUAUGGUCGUGCUGGCCUUAUUAAUCUCAUUAAUGCUGGCUCUCAAAAGCUUCGUUCUGAAAUUUUUAAAUCAUUGCUUUACGAAGCAUGUGGCCGUAUAGUGGAUCCGAUUCACGGUUCGAUCGGAUUGAUGUACUCCAAAAAAUGGCAUCUAUGUCAAGCAGCCGUUGACGCAGUUUUAAGUGGUGCUCCGAUUAAUCAAGUUUCUUCUCAAAUAUCGGCUUUAAACUGCUCACCCGCUAAAUACGCAUGUGACAUUCGACACGUGUCAAAGGACAAGAAUACCGAUGAUGGGCUUCGCAAAGUCAAGCCUCGGGGACGGUUUAAGCGGUCGGCUUCAAAACCGAAGCCUAAAGUGGAGAAAGAUGUGUAUGAGUCGGCGUGUAUUCGCGGACUGAGUUUGCGAGUGGAUAGUGGGGAAGGUGACGUCGUGUCGGUGGAGACGGUGGAGGCUUCGUUGGGCGAUGAUAGUGAUUUGGAGUUGGAGCUGACUCUUGGGUUCGAACCAAAGCCAAAGAAAAGAGAACAAUGUCAACGGCUCUGAUGAUGCCACCUGUGGAGGCCAAGUGGAGGUUGGUCGGGGUUCGUGUUAGGUUUUUGUUGUUAGUCCGUUAUAUAAAUAUAAAUAUAAAUAUAAAUAUAAAUAUAAAUAUAAAUAUAAAUAUAUAGCUUUUGAAAGUGUCGAAGAACCGUGUGUCAAGUAAAGGUUAUAAAAGUUGGUCUACAAAUUUUUUU